AUGCAGUCUGUGCAACUGAAGCGGAAAUUCGCACGGGCUUCUUCCUCCCACAUUGGACCAGCGACUCCUCUCCUUACCAUCCAGAAGCUAGCCGGCAAAAUUGUGUUUUACAUCGAUACCAAUCGCCGCCAAUGGAGGGGGGGUUACUCACCUCGGGGAUGGGAAGACUGGAAGGAGGAUGAAGAGAACUUGUGGAAUGAUCCCUCUUGGAAGGUGUUCGACUGUCCUACGCCGGAGACGAAUCUGCCGCCGCCAGGUGUAGAUGAAGUCGUGGUAGCCGAAAGAGGUGACAGCGAUCAGGCGUCUUCUGAGCAUCCAGAGCAGUUGGACGGCAUACUCAAGGUCGCACCACUAACAGACCAAAUAUCGCCGCUCCCGCCGCCAUAUCUGUCGUUAGGAGACAAGUCUGUCGGCUUGUCACCACAUUCAUCACAAACAUCAAGCCCCGAUCCGUCAUCCACUUGUGACCAGAAAGUGUCCGCAUCUCCAAGUGCCCGCAUGAUUGACGAGUGGCAAUCACCUCUAAACCCGGCAUUCCCUAAUAACAGAGCAGAUUCCAUGCCCAAGAACGAAGGGAAAAAAAGGAAGCUGCAGGAUGAUAAUCACGAUAACGAGAAUGGACAGAAGCGCCAGAAGCAGGUAUAG